AAAAAUAAGGGCCACCGCCUGAAGUCGACGCGUAUCCAGGCUGGAUCCCGCCCUUCAUUGAUGCGUAUCCAUUCCGUAGCCUAAUGGUUUUGUCUUUUUUGGUUUCCAAUGGCCCACUGCUUUAUUUUCACUAGUUAUCUUGGUUAUAUAAUAUGUUGUUGUCAGCACCAGUUGUAGACAGUGACAGGGUCCAAUUCAUUCGGGUUGCACCGUGACGUGGAACAGACUUUCCCGUUUUCAUCACUCGCAACAAAGUCCAUAAAAUGAGUGCUGAUCUGAGCGAUCCGAAUAUCGCUGCAAAAUACCAAGAAAUUAUUUCGUUCACAUCACCCACGAACUGGCUUCUCCUCAGCUAUGGGCAGUCUCGCGAUAAGCUUUCAUUAUAUGCUAGCGGGUCGGGAGGUAUUGAGGAGUUGCAACGGCAGUUACAUGGCGACGUGUUUUUCGUCUUUCUGCGGGAGGAAAGAUCCUUUAUACUCAUUUCCUUUGUUCCUGAGGAUAUAAGCGGUGUCCGCAGAGCGCGUGCGCUGGUCCAUUCACGCGCUGUGGGUUCGCUAUUAAAGGCUCAUCACGCUGCCUGGACUAUUACUAGACCGGAGCAGCUCACGGUUCACGCAGCACGCUCAAAAUUGAAAUUGGAUCCGGAUGGCGCUCGUUCGCUUUCCUCUCCCAAACCAUUGGAUGCUAGCCAGGUUCACGAUCAUCAGACAAGCCCGUCACCGGAGCCCGAUUCCUUCCGACAGGGCUUGUCGAACUCCAUUAGCUCUUUGCAUUCUCCACCUGAUUCUCCUCAUCGAAAUCGCCUCCAGCCCAAUCAUACGGGCUCCUCAGGCUAUAGUCCUAUCCCCCCCUCUAAGGUCGAUAGCCGAAUUCCGAUUCUUAGUGAUCGGAAAGUGUCUGACAGUCAGUUGUCUUCUCGGAGAGCAACUCCCAACGACUCUCAGCCACAUUCGGCUAAAUCAAUGAGCCCCCAACAGCAACAAAUCCCUCUCCGUGCCGGCAGUAGGUCUAGAUCUGUCACCAAUGAUUCGGUACCCAGCAUUACAACACCAGGCAAUGCUGCACCAACUCGACCUUUAGCUCUGCCACCUAACGCAGUCGCGCGCUAAGUGGGCAAGCGAGGCGGAAGCUGAACGCCAUGCACUUGCUCGUCAACGGUCGCGCAUAGAAAUGCAGCGAGAGAUGGAGGCACAGCAGCAGGCAAUUUAUGACGCUGAGCGAUCGGCUAGACUGAAGCGCGAGCGGGAUGAGAAGAUGCGGUUGGAGAUGGAUGAAGAUGACCGACGACGGGCUGAAGAGCAGGAGAAAGCGCAAAAACUUGCAGCCCAAAGAGCGGCUGAAGAGCAGCGCCGACGGGAAGAGAUCAAUAAGAAAAAAGAAAUGGAGGCACAGCGUAGGCGACAUGAGGUUGCUGCUCGGAUUCAACGUGAGAAAGAGGCUCUGAUGCUGCAAGAGCAGAAGGCUUUGGAGGCGAAACGAAAAGAAGAAG